CUGACCACGGCUCAACUAUGAAGCCCACGGACGAGGAGUACACCGAUUCGACCUACUACGAUGCAACCGUACCGAACGAGAACGCUGGAUCUGGACAGCAGACAAUCGAAUCCAUUCACCGAUCGCUGCAGCGGUUCGAAUGGCCCGACUAUCUGGUGUUCGCGCUGAUGCUGCUGAUCUGCAUCGUGAUCGGCAUUCUGUUCGGGUACCGCGAUCACCGGAAGCACAAGCGCCGUCAAAAAGCCGCCCGACGAGACUCGGAAGCCCUGGACUACCUGGUCGGUGGAAGAAAGAUGCCGAUCUACCCGGUGGCGGUGUCGCUGGUCGCGAGCUGGAUUUCCGGCAUUUCGCUGCUGGGCACAUCGACGGAAAUUUAUGUCUACGGCACGCAGUACUGCUAUAUUGUGUUCGCCGUGAUAAUCAUGGGCUUUGCGAUGCAUCACGUGUUUCUGCCGGUGUUCCACGAGUUGCAGAUCACAUCGGCCUAUGAGUAUCUUCAACGACGAUUCGACCAACGGAUGAGGCUUUUCGGGUCCAUUCUCUACACCGUGGCAUGCCUUUUGUGGAUGCCAAUCGUCAUUUACGUGCCCGCGUUAGCCUUCAAUCAAGUGACCGGCCUCAGCGUACACGUCGUUACGCCAAUCGUGUGCAUGAUUUGUGUGUUCUACACGAGCAUAGGAGGCUUAAAGGCCGUAGUCUGGACGGACGUGAUACAGUCAGCGAUCACUUUGCUGGCGCUGUUGGCGGUGCUAAUCAAAGGUACCUACGAUGUCGGCGGUCCGAUGGAGGUGCUGAAGCGAAACCUGGCCGGCGAUCGGCUUGAGACCCCAAACUGGGAUCCGGACCCCACGCUACGCCACUCGAUUUGGAUCGUUCUCGUCGGAGCGCCGGUGUGGUUCUGCUACGGAGUGUCCUCCAGCCAGGACAUGAUCCAACGGUUUCUGGCCCUCCCGACGCUGGCCGACGCACGCAAAGCACUGAAAGGGUUCAUCGUGGGCUGGAUCGUGGUGAACGUUGUUUUUUUCCUCAUCGGACUGCUGGUUUACGCGACGUACGAUCACUGUGACCCGCUGACGACGCAGCUGGCCAAGGCCAAGGAUCAGCUGUUGCCACUGUUCGUAAUGCAAACGUUUGGGGCCUACCACGGCAUGACGGGCGUGUUUGUGGCCGGUAUCUUCAGUGCCGCCCUCAGUUCGCUCUCGUCCGCCCUAAACGCACUGUCGGCCAUUACGCUGGAAGACUUUUGUAAACCGUACUGCAAACAGCCCCUGACCGAGCGGCAGAUUAGCUAUAUCAUGCGCGGUUCGGUGCUGGUGUAUGGCGUGCUGUCAGUCCUGCUCUCGAUAGUGGUCGAGCACCUAGGCACCGUGAUGCAGCUCACGAUGACGCUUAGUUCCGCUUCUGGGGCACCGCUCUUCGGUCUGUUCGUCAUGGGCACCCUGAUGCCGUGGGUAAAUGGAACGGGUGCCCUCUACGGUGGGGUCACGGGGCUGCUCGUUAUGCUGUAUACGUGCUUCAAAGCGCAGUACUCAAUCGCUUCGGGCAGCCGUACUUUCGACACUAAACCCAUCUCGGUCGAGGCCUGUCCGUAUGAUUUUAACGUCACCAUCAGCGCGAUAGAUGAGAGUGCCUUCGAACAGGUGGAAAAGUCGUUCUACCACAUGUCGUACAUGUACUUUACACUCUUCGGCACCAGCGUAACGUGCCUGACGGGGACGAUCAUUAGUUUGCUCACCAAACUGCGGUCCGGUAAUAAGCAGCCGAUCGAUCCGAAGCUGUUGGCCCCGUGCAUUCGUAGGAUGCAGAAAAGCAGCGCACUUCCCGCCAAGUUCCAGGCCGUACCGAUGACAGACAGCGACAAACAGGGCGAGCUGUCGGAACCUUCGCCCGAGCGUUAGGACCCGCAACGGCAUGCCGAUGACGGGUAAUCGCUGU